AUGACAUCGAUUAGAUUUGAUAAAUUAGAAACUACUAUUGUCUCUGUUGUAGUGGUAAACCUGGUGUGUUCAGUUCAAAUAGAACAAGAACAUGUGUUCUAUUGUGAAGAAAAAAGAGAGGGCGAUUUAAUGAUCAAAGUCCCCUCAUCAUUCAUUUCAUUAUAUAUUCAUUCAAUACAAAUAGAGAGAAUGAAUAAUCAACAAAAAGAACAAGAAAGAAUCAUUUCAAUGAUAUUUGCAGUAUCAGAGAAUCAUGUAAUAGGCAAGGGGAAUGAUUUACCAUGGCAUUUACCAAAAGAUUUAAAAUUCUUUAGAGAUACAACCAAUGGACACCCAGUCAUUAUGGGUAGACGUACAUUUGAAUCGAUAGGUUGUAAACCAAUGCCAAAUAGAUAUAAUAUAGUUGUUACUAGUAGAUCUGCCGAAUCUUUUAAAGAUAGUGAUGGUCAAACUCUAAGUAACAUUCAAGGCAAAUUAGCUUUUGUAUCAUCUAUUGAAAAUGGUUUACAAUUAACAAAAGAUAUUCAAAAAGUUUUUAUUAUUGGUGGAACAAAAAUAUAUGAAGAUGGAUUACAAUUUUCAAAUGAAUUAUUAAUUACACAUGUUCAUUCAAAUGAUGUUCAAGGAGAUAUAUUUUUAAAGAUAUUUAAUAAUCAAGAAACAUUACAAGAUUUAAAUGGUAGUCAUUGGAAUGUAUUGACUGAAGAAUUCCAUUCCAAAGAACAUGAUCAAUUACAACAAUUUGAUUUUACAAUCAAAACUUAUAAUCGUCGAAAUUAA